GGAAGUCCCCAGUUCAGCACAAGGGAGUGCUCAGGACGGUUUGGGCAGCAUCUGGAGAGCCUGUGCAAGGCUUCCAGAAUGUGUACGUGCCUCUGUCUUUAAAGAGACGUAGUCUGUCAAGGAAAGCGUGUCACCUGGAGAAGAGAGCUGGCAUUCCUACCAUCCUUUAUAGUGAUGCUACAGGACAAAGAGGAAUGGAUAAAAACAUUGGUGAGCAACUCAAUAGAGCAUAUGAAGCCUUCCGACAGGCAUGCAUGGACAGAGACUCCGCAGUAAGAGAGCUACAGCAAAAGCAGACUGAGAACUAUGAACAAAGAAUACGCGAGCAACAGGAACAGCUGUCAUUUCAACAAACUCUAAUUGACAGGCUAAAAUCACAGCUACUUCUUGUGGAUUCUAGUCGAGAUAACAGUUAUGGCUAUGUACCUUUGCUUGAAGACAGUGACAGAAGGAAGAAUAAUUUGACCCUUGAUGAACCACAUGAUAAAGUGAAACUAGGAACACUGAGAGAUAAGCAGUCAAAGGUGAGAAGACAAGAAGUUUCUUCUGGAAAGGAAACCUCAAAGGAUCUUAACAUCCCUUUGCAUCACGAAAGGGAUAAUAUAGAAAAGACUUUCUGGGACCUUAAAGAAGAAUUUCACAGGAUAUGCUUGCUAGCAAAAGCACAGAAAGACCACUUAAGCAAACUUAACAUACCAGAUAUUGCAACUGACACACAGUAUUCUGUGCCUAUACAGUGUACUGAUAAAACAGAUAAACAAGAAGCGCUGUUUAAGCCCCAGGCUAAAGAUGAUAUAAAUAGAGGUUUGUCGUGCGUCACAGCUGUCACACCAAGAGGACUGGGCCGGGAUGAGGAAGAUACCUCUUUUGAAUCACUUUCUAAAUUCAAUGUCAAGUUUCCGCCUAUGGACAAUGACUCUAUUUUUCUACAUAGCACUCCAGAGACCCCAAGCAAACUUACUCCUGCCACACCUGAGGCAGUGUGCCAGGACCGAUUUAGUAUGGAAGUCAGAGACAACCCAGGAAACUUUGUUAAAACAGAAGAAACUUUAUUUGAAAUUCAGGGAAUUGACCCCAUAACUUCAGCUGUACAGAACCUUAAAACAACUGACAAAACAAAACCCUCAAAUCUUAGAGCUCCGUGUUUGCCAGCUGGAGACCAUAAUGUGUUCUAUGUAAAUACGUUCCCACUUCAAGACCCGCCUGAUGUACCUUUUCCCUCACUGGAUUCCCCAGGAAAGGCUGUCCGAGGACCACAGCAGCCCUUUUGGAAGCCUUUUCUUAACCAAGACACUGACUUAGUGGUACCAAGUGAUUCAGACUCAGAACUCCAUAAACCUCUAGUGUGUGAAUUCUGUCAAGAGCUUUUCCCACCAUCCAUUACAUCCAGAGGGGAUUUCCUCCGGCAUCUUAAUACACACUUUAAUGGGGAGACUUAAAUCACAUUUGAAAACAGACAUAUCAUGUUCUCUGUGACGGUUUCAGAUUUGUAAUGCUAGAGAAUGCUUGCUUGUAAGCUAAAUUUAAGAUUGUUUAUAAAGUUGUUACUUUAUCUUUUAAGAGAUCAUUUUGUAUAAAACUAUAAUUCAUUAUAUUAUUCAUGUUUAUACUAUAAUUUCUGUAUUUCCAAAUUACACAUGUGACUUACACAGUUAUGCAAUCAUAAUUUAUGUUUCAAAUAACUAAGUUUAUUGUUUGACUCUUGUGAGGUCUAUUAAAUUUGGUAAUAUCAAAUGUUUAUAGGGUAUCAAAUUUCAUCUGAAUUUUUAAUUAUUUAUGCUACAGGUAAUAUUCCUUUAAAAUACAUAUGUAACUUACAGAGAAUAGCAGAUGAUAUGAUCUAAGUAAAUAUCGAAUCAACCAGUUGCCCAGGGAAAAUUAUUUAAACAUUAUAGAUCAUUUUUUAAAUAACACACAUGGUUUUAAUUUACACUGUGUGUAUAGAUAGAUGAUUGAAUGACUUAAAUAUUAAAAGUUACUUAUGUCAUGAUUAUUAAAAGUGUUCUUUGUUUCUGAGGUAAAUAAAUAAAUCACAUUUGGGGAGGUUUCAUAAAA